AUGGCUGAUACCAGGAGACUUGAGACACCAGAUUGGUAUAUUGAGGCUGAGAAGGCUCACUAUGCUACUCGAGAUCCCAUCACAGCAUUGAAGAAAUACAUGAUUGAAAACAAUCUGGCCAGUGAAGCAGAGUUAAGGGCCAUAGAGAAGAAGAUAGAUGAGUUAGUUGAGGAUGCUGUGGAGUUUGCAGAUGAGAGCCCUGCUCCAUCUCGUAACCAGCUACUGGAGAAUGUCUUUGCAGAUCCAAGAGGUUUUGGAAUUGGACCUGAUGGGAGUUACAGAUGUGAGGAUCCCAAGUUCACUGAAGGCACUGCCCAUGUCUAACUUCUGAAGGCUGAUUGUCUAUUGACACUCAAGCUGGUUUCCAGUAGUUAAUGGAUGCACGGUUACAUUUAGACUUGCUGAUUCCUGAUGGCAAGCACUAGUUUUACUUUCUGAUGUAUCCAUGUUGCCUCUGCCAGCAAGAUUUGUUGCCUAGGUGUGUUUUUAUUCAAAUUUUGGUCUUAUUUGUCUUUUUGAUUUAGUACGGUAACUUUGUUGGUCGGACUAUCACUCUGAAAUGUCAAACUCCUAACCUGUGUAAUGGGGAUGGCUUGUUACUAUCCAGUGUUCAUUUAAAAUUGGCUUUU